GCGUCUCUUGGUUUCUCGCACAGGCCUUGGUCAUGAACUUGGCUCUUGCGGCACUGAGGCUGAUGUGCCUGGCCUGGCUGUGGCCCGUCGCAUGGCUAAAAGGAAGCAACACGCAAAACCAGAGGAGGCACAAGGACGUCUAUCUGGGCGAAAACACUAAGCACAAAUUUGGAGGACGAAUAGACUUUAAAACUAAGAAGUCUGACAGCACCAAAUCUCUGCUGAUUAAAUCAGAGCAGCUCUUGAGAAUCGAAGAUCACGACUUCGCCAUGAGGCCUGGUUUUGGAGGUUCGGCUAUUCCAGUGGGCAUCGAUGUGCAAGUGGAGAGCAUUGACGGCAUUUCAGAGGUCAAUAUGGACUUCACCAUGACACUGUACCUCAGGCAUUACUGGCAGGACGACAGGCUGGCCUUCCCCUCCAGCAAUAACAAGAGCCGAACAUUUGACGCGCGGCUGGUGAAAAAGAUCUGGGUGCCAGACGUCUUCUUUGUUCACUCCAAGCGUUCCUUCAUUCAUGACACGACCAUGGAAAACAUCAUGCUCAGAGUCUUUCCAGACGGGAACAUUCUUUACAGCGUCAGAAUCACAGUGACGGCCCUCUGCUCCAUGGACUUCAGCCGCUUCCCACUGGACACACAGAACUGCUCUCUGGAGCUGGAGAGCUACGCGUACAAUGAGAACGACCUCAUGCUCUAUUGGAAGAAUGGGAACGAUUCAUUAAGGACUGACGAGAUUGCACUCUCGCAGUUUUUUAUUGAAGAAUUCCACCCUUCCUACGGGCUUGCCUUCUACAGCAGCACUGGCUGGUAUAACAGGCUGUACAUAAACUUCAUCCUCAGGAGACACAUAUUCUUCUUCAUGCUGCAGACAUACUUUCCCACAAUGCUAAUGGUCAUGCUCUCUUGGGUUUCCUUCUGGAUUGACAGGAGAGCCGUGCCGGCCCGCGUCUCUCUAGGAAUCACCACCGUGUUGACCAUGUCCACCAUCAUCACGGGCGUGUCGGCCUCCAUGCCGCAGGUGUCCUAUGUGAAAGCGGUCGACAUCUACCUGUGGGCCAGUUUCCUCUUCGUGUUCCUGUCGGUCAUUGAAUACGCUGCAGUGAAUUACUUCACCACAGUGGAGGAGAUGAAGAAACUCCAGAAAGGAAAGCUUCCAGCUUCCUACGACGCGACUCAGGCGAUGGCGUACGACGGCUGUUUUCACGACGACAUCGACGCGUCGCCGUUCCCCGAACUGCCCACCACGCCGAGCACCACGCGCACCAUCCCGGCAAGAGCCUCAUCCACCGAGCCGCCGCCGACCGAGGGCACGAGACUCUGGAGGAAGCGCUCGGUCGGCAAAAACAUCCGCUUUAUCAUGAGCAACAGCUACAUGAUCGACUCCUACUCCAGAAUUCUCUUUCCACUGGCCUAUCUGCUCUUCAACAUCAUCUACUGGUGCAUUUACUCCUGAAGAGGCGCUGUUGAAGAC